CCCGCACAUUUCUAAAAUAUUAGAAGCAACAUAACAUACCUACCUAGUAGUACCUACCUAGGUACACAAUCAAAUAAAGCGAACGCGAUGGGACGCACCGAACCUUCCGUCGGCAAACCACCCGCAAGCUUCCGCCGCGAUGCCCGUGCGAAACGAGCUAAGGCAACCGCUAAUAAAGUGAUACCGGCGGUGCUGGCUGCGCAUCCGCGGGCUAGGCGCGGGGUCGAAGCUUCGGAGCUGAUUGUCGAUCCGCCGCCCUGUGCGCGUGUACCGGAGCAUGCGAAAGGGGGUAAAUGGGGUAAUGGGCGCGACAGGGAUGAAGGCGACAAUGGGGGUAAUGGGAGUAAUGUGGGAAGUGAAGGUAGAAAGGGCCCUCUCAUCUCGCUACGCAUCGCAGACACGCUGUCGACGGCAUUCUCACUUCUCCUCAUAUCUUCUUCCCCAGAAUCCCAAGAACAGCGGCGUGACCUUACGAACUUGACGGCCCGCGUGGGUGUAUUAAACAUGGCGUCCCCGCUCGCGGCCGGCGGUGGAUUCCUCAACGGCGCGGCGGGCCAGGAAGAGGCUUCGUUGUGCGCGAGGACGACGCUGCUGCCUUCGCUGCGAGACGGGUUUUACAGGCUUCCCGAGCUAGGGGGCGUGUUUACACCGGAUGUGCUUGUGUUUCGGAAGGUUGAUGCUGGUGUCGGACUUCAUGGGGGAGAUAGGGGGAAGGGUAAGGGGAGGAAAGAAAACGAAAUAGAUGGGGAUGGAGGAGGAGGAGGCGACGAAGAUUUUGAGCUCCUCCCAAAGCGCGAACGUUGGUUCGUCGAUAUUGUAACCGCGGCUAUGCUCAGACUCCCGGAGGUCGAAGUCGAUGCGGAAUCGGGAUGGGCUAGUUACGCUAGCACACAAGAUCGAGAGCUCGCCGUUAGGAAAAUGCGUGGCGUUAUGCGGAUGUUCGUUUCUAAAGGCGUGAAAAGAGUUGUACUAGGUGCCUGGGGAUGUGGCGCGUAUGGGAACCCCGUGGGCGAGAUUGCGAGAGCGUGGAAGAAGGUUCUACUUGGUGGGGCUGGGACAAAGGAGGGGAAAGGGGAUAGGGAUAGGGAUAGGGAUAGGGAUAGGGAUAGGGAGAAUCGGGGACAGACAAGGAAGAGCUCGAAGGGAAAGAUUGUAGAGUCAUGGGAAGGAAUCGAGCAUAUUGUCUUUGCUAUUAAGGACGCAGGUAUGGCUCGGGCUUUUGCGACGGCUUUUGGUGAGGAUCUCCUGGAUGAGUAUGAUGACAAGGACGAGGACGGGAAUGAGGAUAACUUAAGCGAUGAAGAAAGCGAUGUGGAAGAUGAAAAGAUCAAGGAACUUCGGGGUAAAAUCCAGGAGCUAGAGCUGCAAGCAGGACAGGCGCGGACGCCACAGUUGAGAUCAGGGCUGAACUCCGUCUUGGCUGGAUUGAGGAAUCAGCUGCCUCAACAUGAAGAUAUUCAUUCUCAGCAACACAUGACAGAUAUGGAUAGCAAGAAUAACAUGGAUGAAGGGAGUGAAAGUGAGGAUGAUGGCGGCCAGUCUGUAAGAGAAGAGUCAGAUUAAUUCCUGGGCCGAAACGGGCAUGAUAUGAAGAGUUAAAAUAACUUGACCCUUGACCUCAUA